AUGGCAGUGCGUGCGUUGGGCAUAGCAUCAGCUCCCAGCGUACCAUCUCAAUAUUCUACCAGUGCUAGUGGCAACGGCGAGGUUCGUUUCUGGUUCGAACUCAUCAAGUAUUUGAACUGCCGCGAGGUGCUGAUCCUCGAUGCGUUCGGAUUCCUGGCUCGCCGACCUACGUUUGCCAGGCGACUGUUUGAUCGCUUAACAGCAAGCGGUCACCGCAUGGCAGUUUGGCAUCAUUUUGAACCGACCACCGUGCUGCGUCUCCCGUUGCCCGUACACCGUCUAACGAUUAUCGUACCGAUCGUAAUGAAGCCGUCAGCCACGGACGGUGAACGGAACGAGCGACAGUUGACGGAGCUGUUCAAACAGCUUACUACUAGUGGGACCAAUUUUCGGGAGCAUUACAGCUGGCUGUUUCUGCUGGAGGACGGCAGGCACGAUGAGCUGAUACAACGUUUCCAGCACCGCCCGUUGCCGAUCCGUGCGGAUUCGAACGUGUACUCCGUGCGGUACUGUUCCGAUGACCGCUGGUUCGAGCGGGUUCACCUUGAAUGGUCGAACGAGACGAACACACGAGCUGUCCGGCGCAUGCAAAUGAUUCACCCGGAAACGGGCGAGCGGCGGGUGCAGGUGGACUUCUGGCUACGAUCAUCGAACGGUGGGAAGAAGGACAAGCGGGAGAAGAGCGAUCAGCACCCGGUGGACAGCGGUUGUGGCACGUUACGGCAACUCUAUCGUCUGCAGACGCGCCGCAGAACGAUCGAUGUUGCGGUGGAGCUGGGCAUGCUGGAACAAGGAGGAGAGAAAAUGGUACUCCUUCCACCUCGAAGUGUCGAACAACGGAAUGAUUUCUUUAACCUGGGACCGGGAAUUAGCAUCAUGGUGUACUCUGGUGUCGGCCAACACGUGGCAUCGAUGGAAGUCGCCAAAACCGUAACACUUUUCCGGAAUGUGAGAACUACGAUUAUACCUUAUAAGAUCGAAUACAAGCUUCGAUUGACGGAUUUUCAACUUCGCUUGGCCAUCGUUAAUCGAGUCCCAACCAAUCUUGCACCUAGAGCAAGAUACUCGAUGACGUUAUUUCAUGAAUUUCUUAAUGUGUAUAUCAGCUACCAAAGCGCCGAUCACGGAGAGCUAAUGGGCGACUUUGUGGAGAUCGUCCUGCAACCGGUGCUGUGGAUGCUCGUGUUGUUUAGUUUUUCCUUUUGGAUCGCGUUCAAUUGUUCGAUCAAGUAUGGACCCGGAAACUGGCAACAACCGAAACUAUCGAUGGCGGAUUCACUGAUUUGUUUCGUUGGCGUACUCGCCCAACAAGGUUCGAUCGUACGACCGAACUCCCUGGCAACAAUGUUGAUCAUUUUCGUCGGGCUUAGCAUUUGCUACAUCAUCUACUGCUGCUUUCUGACACGCAUCACCUCCCUGCUCUCGGUUGACGUAGACGAAUGGGAAGAUCUGGAAGGGUUGCUGGCGGCGAAUGAGUACAGUAUCGGUUAUAUUGGCGGUCUUACCGAUACCUCCAAACAGAUGCAUAAUCCUUUGAUUGCUGAAGUACUGCGACGCACACAACGCGACACAACGCUCCCCGUUGGUUCCUUAGCCGAGGGUUUGCAUCGAGUUCUUACCUCUAAGUAUGCGCUGUUAGCCUCCCAGGGUGUGACCCGUAGGAUCACAGAGUUCAGCGUGGAAGGUCUGUAUCAGUCGAUAAGCAUCCAUAUGGAACCGGUUGAUGGAUACACGAAAAUGAUCAAUUUCGAGAUUCUGCGACACCACUCGAAUGGUGUGAUCAAUCGUUUGGAGGAAAAGUUUAUCUCACACUCAAAAUCAUGCAUCAAAAGAAAGGUUUUCGAGCACAUUGGAAUGGGCGACUUACGAUUGCCGCUGAUCCUGAUGCUGGCAUCGAUUGUGCUCUCCGCGUUUGUGCUCGUCAUGGAAGUGGCUUACCAUCGUUUCCGAUUGUAUCGAAACAGAAGAGCAAGGGUUUUUAUUGAAUUUUGUAACUAGAAAAGUGGUAGCUAUUACCAUUAGCCAUGA